CACAGGCUGUCAGUAUGCUUAAUUCCAACACAGCUCGCACGGAGUUGUUUGACUGUUCCUUUUCCGUGAAUUCUUAAGCUCUUUUUUAUUGAUGGAGAAUACGUGGCGGGAGCGUGGACCUGAUGCAGGGGUCAUGCACUCUAGCAAUGGCAAGAUGAAGACGUUACCUCGAGGGGGUGGCUCCGGUCCUCACGCGUGCCGGACGUGUGCAGCUGCUAAAGUUAGGUGCCUUCCUGGUGGGAAUGGAGAAACAAGAUGCCAGAGGUGCAUACGAUUACAAAAAGAUUGUGUUCUGCAGCCAACAAAAGAAAGAAAGAAACGCAGCCUGGGCCCCAGGAAAACCCGAGUCGCGGUGCUGGAGAAGAAAAUAGAUGACAUUGUCACUCUGCUCAAGGCGUCUAACGAGGACACUCAAGACCAAAAUGACAGAACCGAUACUAGCAAUACUAGCGCUAGCUCACCUAGAGACUUGCCACACUCUAACAUAAGUACGUUAUUUCUUAAACGAACGCCAACUGCAAUCUAUUCAGAGGAUGCCCCAAACUCGCAUAUCCCCAGUCCGGCUUUACAGGAACCCUCAAAUGAAAGCAGCUCGACUCAAGGAUUGCCGAUACAGCGGUCUCCUGAUGACAGCCAAUCAGAACCCUCUUCUUGGACCCGGAAGGAUGCUUGUCUGAAUGUAUACCGAUCUUCUAUGGAGAUAUACUUUCCAUUCAUCUUGGUCCCCCUUCACAUGUCUGCCAAAGAACUUUCCGAAACGAAACCGUUUCUUGCGAGGACGAUAUUCUCCGUUGCUCACUAUAAAGAGAGCGGCCCUCACACUGAAAGAGGGAAGGACUUACUGCGACACCUGAGUGAACGGCUUCUUCUUGAGGGUGAGAAGACUUUGGAUUUGUUGCAAGGAAUGCUCGUCUAUAUUACAUGGUACCGAAGUUUCUUCUACAGCGGCAGACAGAUAACGACUCUUUUUCAAAUGGCAAAUUCUCUCCUGAUAGAUUUGGGAUUGAAUGCUCCAGUGCGACAAGACCGCUACAGGACCGUUCAGGACGUUGUUUCGACCCUGCUACAGGGUGUCGUGAAUGUCCCGCAGCAGACCCUGGAGGAGAAACGGGCCUUUUUGGGCUGCUUUUUCAUGUCUUCCUUACUGAGCUAUUCGUCAUCGGGAAUGGAGCCAAUACCAUAUACACCAUAUGUCAAGGAAUGCUGCGAGGCGUUGAUCGAGGCAGCUGAAUACCCCACCGAUGCCCUUGCAGUAGAAAUGAUUCAUAUCCAGAGCGUCAUGACCUGUGUGCGUCAGGCUAUACCACAAGGCCCAGUGGACUUGGAGAAGACUCACACAUUGAUCAAUUUUCACAUCAAUUCGGCACAGCAGCAACUAGAAUCUCUCCGAAAGAGCUGGCCUACCGACAAAACCUUACAAGAAAUCCUUCUCAUUAAUUAUCACUACGCCGAAAUGGUCCUCUACGAAAUUCCAGUCUUCCUCAUUCUCAACGCGCCAAAUUUCAAUCCAUCUUUCUGGAAACCAGACCUCAAGCACGACACAAUUGACUACCUUUCUCGUCUCGGCGCCUGCACCUCUGCCGUUCUUGACGCCUUUUUUGCAAUCCAACCUAAGGGGUACUUCCACAUUACAACAAUGCUCUGGAAGCCGUUCGGCCGCGCUUCAAUCGUUCUCCGCAAACUGGCUUUUCUGAAAGAAGUGCCUGGGUGGGAUUAUAAAAAGGCGCGCGAGAGGUUCGAUCUUCCAAAGGUUCUAGAUAAAGUUGUAUCGAAUGCCAUCGAGGCAAGCAAGAUAUCGUCACGGGCAUAUCCCGCUGCUGCUACUCCUGCUCCUCUGCCUGCCGAGCAGCCGGAUGAGGGUAAGAAUGUCGAGGCCCUGCAGAAUCAGAAUGACAUGCUUCUAGAACUCGCGUCGCGGAUGCGGCGGCUCAAGGCUGGCUAUAUCGAGGCUGUGCGGUUGGAUGAUGCGGGCUUGUCUGUGGAAAAUAUGGCGUCUGUUCUCGUUUUGCCGCGGUCGACAGAUUUGGCACAGCUGCAGAAUAAGCAACCUCAAACUCAAAACGCAGAUCAGCAGCAGAGUCAGCAGCAGCCGUCUGCUUUGAACGGGGCCGGGUGGCAACUACAGCAGAGCCUUCAGGGAACAGACAUGUGGAGUACGGAGGCAGGAGAGACGUUGUUGGCGAUGGAUGAUGACUUUUGGUUUGGGUUCUGGCAGGAUUGGCAGCUUCAUGGUGAUUAAUAAUAGAAGCAAGUGUUGACUUGUAGACAUGUAGAUGCAGUGGAGUAUUGAUAGAGAUGGAUACCCUUGUAGUUUAUAAUAAAUAUCUCCUAUUAUAUG